AUGGAUCCUAUCAACAACUCAAUUCACACUUUCCAAACAUUAGUCACGGAUGCAGGGUAUAAUAACAAAGCCCGUUUGAUACUCGUGACAAAAAUAUGCAGGAUCAAGCCUCAAGUGCCAGGCAUGGGAGAUGCCACUGUCUUUUGGGACUUGGAUGCUAUAGAUGACUUCUAUAAAGGUGAGAUGCCAGAUUGGCCACCGAAUGAUGAUAAGUUACAGUUCUAUGAGGUGAAUGAAUUAGAGUUGCGAGACAAUGAAUGGCUUCAUCUAUACGCCGAAGUUGCAUUGUUCUCCGAGUGGGCCGAUGACCUGAGUGCUUACAUGCCAUUUGAGAUGAAGAAAGUAGUGGUACAAACGAGAGAAGAUGUAGAGUCGAGUAUGAAGCUCAUGUCGAGAAAUGCAAUCUUCUAUAUGAGUUUCAAUAUUCGUGGAGGUCGCGAGUGCAGAGGCAUUGUAAGAAGAACAAGUGAUGGAAGAACAGGACAUAUGUGCCUUGAAGCUAGAUGCUGGAUCGACAAGUAA